AUGAAGAAACUAGAAGAGGAGAUAAACUUCAAUUCAUACCUGGUUACUGAAAAAAUACCUAGAGAGCUUGAAAGUAAGAAGAAUUCAGCGUAUUUCUUACAAAAGGUGGCUGCAGAGCCAGCUAUGAGUCAAUCUGAUCUCAAUGUACUUGAAAUCAAGAUAAAUGAAGUAAACGCACAAAUUAAUCAGCUUAUUGAGAAAAGAAUGAUGAAGUAUGAGCCCAUUGAUAGUAAAUUUUCCAUGUAUCGCCAACAGGCAUCUAUAAUUUCCCGGAAGAAGGAAGCCAAGGCCGAAGAACUUCAGGCUGCUAAGGAAGAGAUGUCCCGCACUGAAAGGCAGAUGCUACAGAAGACCAAUCAGGCCCAUGCAUUAGAAGGCUCUGAAGUUCUGAAAGGGGAUGAGUUUAAACACUACGUUAAUAAGCUCCGGAGCAAAAACACAUUUUAUAAAAAGAAGCGACUGGAAAUAGCAGAAAUUACAGCUGAGUAUGGUAUCCUCCAGAGGACAGAAGAACUUCUAAAACAGCGCCACGAGGCUAUUCAGCAGCAGUUGCAAGCUAUUGAAGACAAGAAGGGUAUUUCUGGAUACAGUUACACCCAGGAGGAGCUGGAAAGAGUAUCUGCAGUAAAGAGUGAAAUGGAUGAAAUGAAAGGCCGGACGCUAGAUAACAUGUCUGAAAUGGUAAAAAAACUGAAUACUAUGGUGGCAGAGAAGAAGGCAAGCCUAGCUCCUGUUAUCAAAGAACUGAGACAGUUGCGUCAAAAGUGCCAAGAAUUAACUCAAGAAUGUGAUGAAAAAAAAAUCCAAUACGACAGUUGUGCAGCGGGGUUAGAGAGCAAUCGUUCUACGCUGGAACAGGAAGUGAAAGGACUUCUUGAGGAGUGUGUUCAGGAAGAAAGCAACUACCGUUAUAUUAACUGCAUGAAAAGGAAUCUAGAAAUACAGCUGCAGCGUGCUAAAGAAGAAAUGAAGGCAUACGUCUCCCCAGACCCACAGGAGAGACGAAAGGCAAUUCGAGAACAGUAUACACGAAUGAUCCUUGAACAGGAAAACCUUGGGAAGAAAUUACGAGAGAAGCAGAAAGUUGUACGGGAAAGUCACGGGCCUAAUAUGAAGCAAAUUAAAAUGUGGCAGGAUUUUCAGCAGCUAAUGGAAUGUAAGAGAGAAUGUUUUCUGAAACAACAAAAUCAAACAGCCAUUGGUCAAGUCAUUCAGGAAGGAGAUAAAGAAAGGCUUGUAUUAUGAAUUCUUCUUGAUACCAACAUAAAGCAGGAAGACGGUGCGUUAGCUUCCUAAAGGUAAACUCUUACUAAAUAUUGUUGCUUUCAUCAUUUCUACAUAAAUUUGUUGUACAUUAUUUGGUUUUGGUGGAUAAACAGAGCAACUAACCACUCCAUGAAGCUUUUCCUCCAUUGUUUAAGUGACAACAUAACAUGGUUAGGAAGAUCUGUUACGAGAGCUGCACUGGGGUGAACCUCAUCGUAAAUCUUUGUUUUAUGAGGCUGGGAAUGGCAUGCAUCUGCAGAGAGAUCAAAGGAAAAGAAACCCUUCUCCAGGGUCACAGAAAACUUACGUAAUUGCUCCGCUCCUUAUUCUGUAUCACUAAGGUUACAUUUUUGCGAGGCCUGGGAGUUAAUAUUGUAUAAUUGGGGCCCUCCUGGCUUGGCCCUCUCCCUCCCUAUUGUCUUUAUUCAUCAAGUGUGACUGGCAAGAAUGGAGCCAUUUUCGCUCUGAGCUGCACGGACCUUGCCUGCACACUCCUAGUCAUACUUUCCUUGCACGGUUGAAUUAAACUGAUUGUGCUUCCAGGUGAC